AUGUCGUUUCCGCCGGAGGCUGCGGUGCAGUUGAAGGUGGACGACUUGUCAGACGAAGUCCCUCCUCAGGCUCUGGAAGCCAUGCUUGCUGUCAUUAAGAAGAUCUCCGACCCGCAGCCGCUUCGUACUCUCCUCAUAACAAGCGCACUCAACUACCGUCAUGCGCUGGAAUUCAAAGGGUGGACAAGUGUACUUCCCAACGAAUCGGGUUCGCACCCGCCCGCUGCAAAGAUACGCUUGACAGCAAUGAACUCGGGGCCUGAGGCCGAGCCGGUAGUGCAGAAAAUGGAAAGAUGCUUACCGCUCUCCGAUGUGAAGUAUCUCCCAAUUGAAGAUGUGCCCAGCUUUGACGCGUGGAAGAAGUCGUUCGGGCACAUGAGGGAGGUCACGAAGCUGCCGCGUCUACUUACGGGCAAAAGGAAGACUCCUGGGAAGCAAAAUGCCGACUCGCGAGACGUGGAAGAUGACGAUCCCCACGUCCAUCUGUUUCCUCAUCCCAAACACCUUCAUUUGGACGGGGUUGUCAGAACACUCACCUGGGACGAAGACGUGAAUAUCGAGGACAUCGAAGAAGACGGCGAUGAAUAUUCUGACAAUUCCGAUUAUGCGUGA